UCUUUGAUACCCUAACUAACCAUAACAAAUGAAUCUCUUACCUACCAAUAUCUUUCUGGGGUUCAAUGUUCCGUUGACAUAUGUCACGAAACGGAAAAACUCAGAUCCCAGAAUUUUUAAAAUGAUGGCCGAAUCAGAUACGACCGUGGAAGCAACAAAACGACUGAACGUAAAAAAACAAACCUUGGACGACGCGUACGCAGCCCCUGCAAAUUUCUUAGAAAUUGAUGUAGUUAACCCUGUAACAACUAUUGGAGUUGGUAAAAAAAGGUUUACAGAUUACGAGGUUAAAAUGAGAACCAACUUGCCCGUGUUUAAAGUUAAGGAAUCAAGCGUGCGACGAAGGUACAGCGACUUUGAAUGGUUGCGAAAUGAGUUGGAAAGGGAUAGCAAAAUUGUAGUGCCUCCAUUGCCAGGGAAAGCUUGGAAACGCCAGUUACCUUUUCGUGGAGAUGAUGGAAUUUUUGAAGAGGAGUUUAUUGAAGAGAGACGGAAAGGUCUCGAGGUGUUUAUAAAUAAGAUUGCUGGCCAUCCACUUGCCCAAAAUGAAAGAUGCCUACAUAUGUUCCUGCAGGAACCCGCAAUUGAUAAGAACUAUGUUCCAGGAAAAAUUCGCAAUACUUAAAGAAAUCAGUCCAGUUUAUCAAAAGGGUUAUAGGCAGUGAUUUUGGUUUUAUAUUUCAGUUGUUCACAUUUAAAUGUGUGUAUCAGCAUGUUCUAUCUUAAGAAUGUUUUAACAUUAUGAUAUAAGAUCUGUAUAUUUUGUUUUUUAUAUAUACUUGGUAUCCUUCUGGUUAGUUUAUAUAUUUUAAGCAAAAUUUGUCCAGUUUUACCAAUAAGUUCAUAUUGUAAGUACUAAGUUUAUAGUGUAAGUAGAUCAAUAAUAUAAAAAGCAAGUUAUGUACUGUUUACUCAAAAAAUAAAUUUAUUUAUGUGCUAA